UUACUAUAUGUUUAACAUUUUCGGCAAUGUUUUCUAAUUCUUUUAAACAUUAAGUUAAACAUUGUGGAAGAUUUCAUGAUGAUAUACAAUAUAGUAAUAUUACUCUAGUUUAGUUGUCGAAGUUUUUGGUUCCGUUGAUUGUAACAGUGGAUUGAAGCUUCAAUAGUUUUGGUCUGUGGGGCGUUGAGGAGUAGUAAAAUCCAUACAGAUUGUUCCUAUCUUGAUACCGUUAAUCGCCAACCAGGAUUUUAAUUGUGAGUUCGGUAAGUGUUGUUUGGUUUGUGAAACAAAAGAUGAUGUAUUUGCUGCAUCUUUGGUCUGUGGCAAAUCGAAAAGGGAAAGAUGAACCUGCAUGCACUCUAGCAGAACACAUGUCUACAUCAAUUUUUUUUUUACAAAGAGAAGGUUUAUUGCCUGCCUGAUGGUUAUGAUCCAUACUGGAAGAUAUUUGACCUGUUUUGAACCCAAGGUUUCUGCUAUAUGUUUUCUCCUUUAUAUAUUUGGAUAUAAUUGAUGACUGUGUAACGUCACGGGUGUAGUUUCUGCUUGCUGAUUUGGUUUGAAGCUAAGUUCAACUUUUAAAUUUUUAUUUGAACUUUGGUUCAAAAAUCCAAAUGAAAGCCAGCCUAAAAAGUAGUCAUAAGUUAGUAUGUUUACUAUAGAUAAACAGAUAAUGAAGAAUAUAUAUGUGAGUGUAUCUAAGAAGUAAAUAUUAGGUAUAAUGAUAGUAAAUGUACAUAUUACAAGACUAUUUAUUACUCCGUAUUAUUGUUAAGUUAGAGCUUUGCUUUACUAAUAAAAAACUUCAAGCAUGUAGGAAAGAAAGGGUGACAUUUGUUGAAUUAGUAGUAUCCCACAUCGGCAGAAUAUAGGUUUGUUUUACAAUUCCCUUCCCUAUAUGGCUAUAUCAACGUUGCCCUGGUGGGUUUUGGUGGUAUUAGUAUUGGCUCACUUGCUAUGUUAGCCAAGUGGUGGUGGCGUAUUAAUAUAGAUAGCCUAUGGAGAAAGGUGGUUUGGUCGAUACAUAGCUGUAGUCAGGCCUGGUCUUUCGUCCCAGUUAGACUAUCUCAACCAGGGCUUUUGAAGGGAAUAUUCAAGAUUUCUGGGUUCUUGAAUUGCAAGGAGAUGUCCCUUGAUAAGGCAAAUAAUUGGUGUGGUAAGAUUUGGUUGGUUAGAUGUAUGGUUGGAAACGCAAUCGUUGGUAACUUUGUUUCCUAGUUUAUUUUGCUUUGGAAAAACGAUAUUGUUGUACGGUUAGUGAAAGGAUUGUAAUAAAUGAAAUCGGGGGUAUUUUCACUUGGGUUUGAAGAGCAGUUUACUCUCGGCAGCAGAUCUUGCUGAGUUGGGCUGGUUGCAAGGAAUGUCGGCUCAGGUUACUUGUUGAAUGCCCAGAAUUCGUGGGAGUGGAAGUAUGAAGGGUCUGGUUAUUUCUUGAUGUCAAGUAUAAAGGCUAGGCUGAGCCUUUUGGUUGGGAGCCACAAAUAGACCAAUUCAGUAGAUUCCACUGUUCAGCUUAGUGAAGAAUUUUGAUGGGGAAUCUGUUACCGAAGUGGCGCCUCCUCACAUAGCCAGGAUGAUAUAUUGCGUAACAAGACUGCCAGUGUCUUAUCCUUCUUAUGCAUCGGUUCACAGAGAAGAAGCCAACACUUGGAAAUGACGGAUUUGCCCCGUGACAAGCGUUCGAUAACUUUUGAAGUUGUUGGUGAUCAGGAGUUCCCUGAUCUUAAACGGUCUAAAUCAUCAUCGGUUGACAAGUGGAGCCUUGAUGAGGAAUUCCCGAUAUUGUUCUCUGAGAACAAUCCCCUCAAUCGUCCGCGUCCGUUGGGUUUGAAUUUGAAGAAGAGUCUGAUACUGGAGGAGCUAGUUGAAGCAACGCUUGCCCAAACUAAGAAGGAUAUAAAGACAAGAGCUGAGAGGACUUCGCGUCCCAUUGAUAUAAAGGCGUCUAAUUUUCCCGCUGUACUUUUAAAGAUCGGAAAAUGGGAGUAUGUACCAAAACAUGAAGGUGAUCUGGUAGCAAAAUGUUACUUUGCAAAGCAGAAGCUUGUGUGGGAAACUCUAGAUGGUGGAUUAAAAAGUAAAAUAGAAAUGCAAUGGUCAGAUAUUGUGGGCCUGCAUGCAAACUGUCCAGAUCAUGGGCCUGCUACCUUAACUAUUGUGCUUGGUAAGCAGCCACUUUUCUUCAGGGAGACUAAUCCACAGCCUAGAAAGCACACUCUUUGGCAAGCAACUUGUGAUUUUACUAAUGGAGAAGCAACCAAAUAUAGUGAACAUUAUCUACAAUGUGCACCAGGCGUGCUCAAUAAGCAUUAUGAAAAACUAGUCCAAUGUGAUACACGCCUCAAACAUAUUAGCGAACAACAAGAAAAAUUCAUGGAAAUGCCAUUUGGACAAAAUGUUUCCAUUAUUAAGGAUCGCUAUAAUAUGUCAAAUGGUAAUGUUCUUAAUCAACCUGCAGACUUAUCCCCAAUAUCUGUUAUGCAGAACAUGGGCACUCCGAAUUUGGUCCAUGGAGAUUAUACAAAACAGUAUAGUUUUGAAAAUACCAUCAGACAGGGGAACACGCCAAGCUUCCAGCAAAACAAGUCGGUAACUGAUCUUGUAAACCAUAUUGGACACUGUAUUUCAGAGAAAAAUCCUGAUCAGGUUUUACCCUUUUUUGAGAAUGUGUCGGUUGGAGUUAACCAGGAUGAUAUGCUUGAGAACAUUUGCCAGAUUCUACUGAGCGAUGUGCAGUGUACUACAACUUCAGAUGAGGAAAAUCUCAUGUCAAGGGUCAACUCACUCUGCAAUCUUCUUCAAGAUGGAAAUAAUGACCAUGGGGGGGAUAUCGAGAUGAUUCAGAAUCAGAGUCAGAAUGAUCUGGUACAUGGUUGGCAUAAUGUAUACGACUAUUCCACCAUAGAUUGUACUCCGAUUCCCAUGGACAACGAUACUUUUGGUAUGUCAAGGAAUGACUCGUUUAAUGAUUUGCUGCAUCAGCUUCCUAGGAUUACCUCUCUACCUAGGAUUUUUAAUGAUUCCUCCGACGAUGGCUAUAAUUUUGGAUCCUAACUAGACGUGACUUAGACGUUGUAGAUAUGGAUCGGAGUACAUACUGAUUUGGAAAUGUGCAUAUCGUGCAUUGGUUUUCUUUUUAUCAAGCUGUCAAUAGGUUUACGGUUACUUAUUUCGUUUAUAAACAUGAUGAUUUUUUAGUUUAUGUUGAUAGGCCGUAUCUUUUCGUACCUUAUACGUCCUUAGACUCAGACCUUAAUAGAUUUAUGGAUUUUGGAUUUGUCUCUUAAUUUUA